AUGAAAUAAUUCAAAUAUGUAAAAAUGAAAAAUAACGAAAUUGAAUAAGACUAACAAUGUCAAGCAUUUUGUUUUAAUAAAGAUAACUCAAUAUUAAUAUUUGCAUUUGAUAUUCAUAUAAAAGUGUAUGAAUUUAAAUUUGGAUAGUUAAAACAAAUAUAGCUUUUAAGUGGACAUUAUAGAGGUGUCUAAACUCUAGAUUUUAUGAAGAUAAAUAGAUAUUAAUCUGGUCUUAAAAUAGAAGCAGUAAACAUUUAUAUAAAUUUGUUGGACAUAUUUUUGGGCUUUAUUGUUUGGUAGUAGGUCAGGAUGAAAAUCUAAUUAUAUCAGGAGAUGGUUAUGGCAAACUACAUUUUUGGGUGA